AUGGCAAACCGAUCCGCAUCCUCCGAGGGCCAGGAGACCUCGUACGUGAACAUGACCGACGUCGACCGCUCCCAAUACGCCGACGCCACCCUCAUCGGCAAGCACUGCGAGGCCGAGUACUGCAACCAGCUCGACUUCCUCCCCUUCUACUGCCAGUCAUGCGAGAAGACCUUCUGCCUCGACCACCGCACCGAGUCGGCCCACAAGUGCGCCAAGGAGGGCGCCUGGGCCGAGCGCAAGCGGCUCGCCCAGCUGGCCCGGCCCAGCGCCGGCGACGGCAAGCAGCUGCGGGACCACGUGUCGCAGAAGCCCUGCGCGUCGCCCGACUGCAAGACCACCGUCGGCACGAGCCUGGUGCCCGGCGUCCACUGCCAGGGGUGCAACCGCGACUACUGCCUCAAGCACCGGCUCAAGGAGGAGCACGACUGCGACAAGCUGGUGCCCCUCGGCGCGCGCCCGGGCUCGCAGGCCGCCGACAAGGCCAAGUCGGCGCUGCAGAAGCUGAGGCUGUGGGGCGCCGCGAAGCGCGAGGCGGCCACCGAGGCGGCCACGCGCGCGCUCCCUAAGCCGAAGCCCACGUCUGCCUCGCAGCGCCUCGUCGCCGUCAACAACCUCAAGAAGACCGCCAAGGGCGACGAGAAGCUGGCGCCCGAGAAGAGGGUGUACCUGUUCGUCGAGGCUGAGGCCGCCUCGCCGACGGCCAAGACACCCAAGGGCCAGUUCUUCUACUCCAAGGACUGGGUCGUGGGACGGGUCCUGGACGCCGCUGCGAAGAGCCUGCAGGUCGAGAAUAUCAACAACAAGUCUGAGAAGGAGCGGGAUACGCUGAGGGUGUUCCACGUCGAAGGUGGACGGGUGUUGGAUUACAGCGAGAAGGUGGGGGCUGCGCUUGUCUCGGGCAAUACCAUUGUGCUUUUACGCAAUGUUGGACCGCUGGUGCCUGAUUUGAUUGAUCUAUAA